ACACUGAGAGAGACCCACUCAGAUGUCUGGCACACGUAGCGAACGAGAGAGACAGCUGAAGCACAAACCACAUGUCUGUAGCACAAACCUCUGCUGCCACGGAGAGAAGCUCCACCAUUGGACGAGUCCCUGCCGUCAGUCAAAGCUGAAGCCCAGCCCCCUAAGCUGGAUGCUGCGUCCUCAAGCCAAUGGUCUCUCUGCAGUUUGUACAAGUGCAGGAUAUUGGCUUCUGAGACUUGGGAAACAUCACACCUGUUCCGCACAUUCGCAGUCCCUGCCGACAGCAGGUGUUCCAGUCAGCUUUACUUAAAGAUCUCUCGCUUGUUCUCCGGUAUUCCAGGUCAAAACAGAUUUCAGUUUCAUUCUUUUUUUUUUUUUUAAACCAACUGGAUUAUGAAUUAUCUACCCUAGAAAUAAAAGCAGUGGUCUUUGAAUCAAUGGUAUGAGCGCAGAGUGUAUUGGUAGAGAACGACACGGCCUCCCAUGAGACUUGAGUUUGGGGAGGUGCCAUGGAGUUUCACGCCGAUGGUAACUCCCUCCUGAAGGCCGUGUAUCUGAGCCGCCUUCGGCUGGCACGGCUGCUGCUGGAAGGCGGGGCCUAUAUCAACGAAAGCAAUGAGCGUGGCGAGACUCCCUUGAUGGUGGCCUGCAAGACGCGGCAUGUGGACCCCCAAAGUGCGGACAAGAUCAGGAUGGUGCGGUACCUGCUAGAAAGCGGCGCCGACCCCAACAUCCAGGACAAGCGUGGGAGAACCGCCCUCAUGCACGCCUGCCUGGAGCACGCCGGUGCUGAAGUGAUAACUCUGCUGCUCAACAACGGUGCUGAUCCUGGCCUGGAGGACCACUCCGGCACCUCAGCACUGGUCUACGCUGUCCAUGCCGAUGACAAGGAUGUCCUCCGAGUUUUGUUGGAUGCCUGCAAGGCUCAGGGCAAGGAGGUCAUCAUCAUCACCACUGACAAGCUGCCAUCAGGGAGACAGAUGACCAAGCAGUACCUCAAUGUGCCUCCGGCAUUGGACCUGGGAGAACGACGGCCUUGCGCCCCCACACUCUCCGCGUCGCUUUCGGACAUUGAGAUCCAGACCUCGCCUUGGCCUGUCACCUGCCACCAAGCUGAGAAGAACAUCUUUGCCUUUGGAGUCCAGAAGGAGGACAGUGCAGCCACCUCACAGCCAAGCUCCCCAAGCCGGGGACCAGGCUUAGUCCAUAGCGGGGUAGCAAAGCUCCAGCACCUGCAACGUUUACAUUCAGAGCCAUGGUUGAAGAUCCCCCCAUCUCUACUUGAAGAGAACAGAAAAGUCUCUCCUCUAACCAAGGAUCUACCCGAUAUAACCCCAGAUGAAGAACCCUAUAUGAAGUUCAGCAGGAGGUACCAGAGGGUUCCAGGUGCUAAUCCCCAUAGUCCUCAUGCCAAAAAACUAGGCAAGACUCUGGAGCGGCCAGCCAAUAAUGACAAGAGAGAUGGAGGAAGUCAAGGCAUGUGGCUUUCCCGAAAAAUGUCGUACGACAAUAUAUCUUUCGCCAGGUCACACCCUGACCUCUACCACAGCAGCAGGGCUGCAGGCCCACCCACAGACAAGGACCCAGCUGUCACCCCAGGUUUGGCCACAUCCAGCCUGCACAGCAUCGUCCAGCGCAGGAACAUUGGUGUGGACCACUAUGGCUCAGACUCCCAGCUCUCUCAGUACCUCCGGCAUCUACCUGAAGACCACAAGGGGUACCCAGACAAGGGUUUGCCUGUUUCCAACAGCUACUCAGCCCUGUCCUCCUCCCGGGACUCCUUGGAGAAGCAAUCGGCUAUGCGGGAGUACAGAGGCUCAGGUGCUCUCCUUGCUGCCCAUGUUCCCAGCCCCCGGUUGGGAUUCCUGCCACCGUUGAACCAACACGUACCUGUCCCUCAGAUUGAAGUCACCAGCGUCAAUGUGGAGAAUGUGGGCAUGGUCCCAAAGACCAACAUGGGCCUGAAAGUCCUUGUUCCCACUGCUCCCAGCGUCCCGAGAGAUCUGAAAGCUAGGAAGAUGCUUUUGAGGCGUCACUCCAUGCAGACUGACCCGAUCAAACAAUUAGGCACCUUUGAAGAGAUCUUUAGCCAUUGAGUCUACAUGAAUACCAUGGUAAUCCACCUACCUGUAUUCUGUAAUACUUAGCAUUCAUCUUGCAUCAGCAAUCCCUUUCCAGUCCAGGGAAUUAUUGGUGAAAAUCAAGGUAUACCCUGUCCACUAAAUAAUAUAGACAGACAUCCAUCAAGAACAAUUUAAAGUCCACAACAUCUACACAAGAAGAGGAAAAAAAUCCAAGACCCAGAAUUGGGGCUGCGAACCCACAAACUGCUGAAGCAUCAUGCUGUUUUAUAUCAAAUUAUAUAAAAACAUUAUGCCUAUACCAUGUUAGAGUUGGCAUUUAACAGAAUGUUUCACGGCGAAUCUCCACAGGCAGAUAGACACAGGAAAAACAUCACACAGAAUUUGUGGACUGCUCGUGUUUCUUGGCUUGCUAUUCCAUUGCAGGUUCUGUGGAUUUCAGUGUUUUCUAACUUUUCAUUCUUUCACCCAAAAAAGAUCCAUCUGAACUACUCUGCAUCUGACUUGAUAAAUUACUCACAGCAGGUCACGAAAGCAUGCAUGACUAUGUUAAAUAUUGUAUAUUACAAACCAUUGUAUCCGGUCUGUGCAUAAAUAUUGUACGUUGCAUUCAAGAAUAUACUUUAUAUAUGUAACCCAUAUUUAUGUACUAUAUCAUACUUUAAAAACUAAGUAUUGUAUUGUGCAUACCUAAAAUGUAUUGCACGUUGCUAUAUAGUGUAUACAGACAUCCCUUCAUUUUAAAAUAGCAUGCAAUGGUAAAAUGUUAUUUUAAUGGUAAUGAUUAUAUUUCCACUUGUAUGGGUCAUAUGAUUAAGACUGGAAAAAACAAAGUUCCACUGUAAACUUCAUAUAUAGAACACUAACAAUUUCAGCAUAUUACACAAUAAAAAUUCAUAUAGUCAUGUGUAUUUCCUCAUUCAUACACAGGCAACAGAUUAUCCACCAGCACAAAUGGCCAUGUCCACCUUCUUAUGGUUUUAAAAUAUGGCAAAUGCAUCUUCAAUUCAUGUGAUAAAAUUCUAGAAUUUUAGAAUGAUGUUAAUAUUCCGAGAAGUGUUUCUAAGAGUUAAUACAAUGUUUUGGUUAACAUAAAUAGAAAAAAUGGCAGUAAAGGUACACUAAAACAUUUAACUUCCUGGGUAUUUGCCUAAUGACUACUGUAUUAUUGCUGUCAUUAACAAAUUUUCAUUAUCAUCUCAACUU